UCUCGACCAUUUGGGGUUUCUCUUCUCAUUGCUGGUCAUGAUGAGCAUGGACCCAGCUUAUACUACACGGAUCCUUCUGGCACAUUUUGGCAAUGCAAUGCAAAAGCUAUUGGUUCAGGUUCAGAAGGUGCAGACAGCUCUUUGCAGGAGCAGUAUAACAAGGAACUAACUCUACAAGAAGCCGAGACAAUUGCUCUCUCCAUUCUGAAGCAAGUAAUGGAAGAGAAGGUUACUCCCAAUAACGUUGACAUCGCCAAGGUAGCUCCAACUUAUCAUCUAUAUGCCCCUUCUGAGGUGGAAGCUGUUAUCACUCGCCUGUGAGUUGGAAAACUAUCUUCGCUACUACAAAUUAUAUUUCAUCUGGGGAUGCAUGACUUUGUCUUGAGAAGAUUGUAUUUGUUUCCAGGGGGGGUUCCAGCUGCAAAACCUUAUU